AGACGAAGAAGAAGAAUAUCUCUAUGUGAUUCCCCUCGGUGAUUGUUUGGCGAUAGUGUGGCGAGCCGUGGGGAGCUGGACUGGAUGGCCAGGAAGCCGUCGAGGUACAACUUGAUACUGAACUUUGUCGAAAGAGAAAGCGCGUGUUAUGUGCGCGACGCGUAGACACCCUCUACGAGGGCGGAUACUGCUCGCCCUCUUCCUCCUGAUAACGAGUUUCACCCUGCUCUCGUCGGCGGUGGCCUUUCCCGACUGGACGGACUGCCCGGCGGUUUGUAGGUGCAAAUGGACUUCCGGUAAGAAGUCGGCCCUGUGCCCGGACGCUGGGCUAACGACGUUGCCGGCCUCCCUCGACCCGGACAUGCAGGUCCUCGACCUCUCCGGAAACAAGAUAAUAUCGCUAUACGCGGACAUGUUCAACCGAGCCGGUCUGCUUAACCUGCAACGGGUCUUCCUGAGGAACGCCGGGAUAUCGAGGAUCGACAAGGACGCCUUCAGGGAGCUCAGGAUCCUCGUCGAGGUCGACCUAUCCGAUAACCAGAUCGAGACUCUCGACCCGGAAACAUUCCUCGGCAACGAGAGACUCAGGAUAUUGAUCCUGAGCGGCAACAAGCUCGUCAAACUGACGGGACCCCAGUUCCCGUCGCUGCCCCACCUCAGGAACCUCGAGCUUCAACGGUGCUCCCUCACCGAGAUCCACAGUCUGGCCUUCGCCCGAGUCACCGGACUCGAGACGCUUCGGCUGGAGGGUAACCAGCUCGAGUACGUCGAGGCGACGGCUUUCCUGCCGCUGACGCACCUCAAGACCCUCAGCCUGGACGGCAACCCCUGGAGCUGCGACUGCCGGCUGCGAAAAUUGCGAGUCUGGCUCGCACCGAACCGGCUCUAUUCGGUUCCCCAGAAGUGCGAGGCACCUCCGAGGCUGGAGGGGCGACGAUGGGAGGAAGUCAAGCCUCAGGAGUUCGCUUGCAGCCCGGAAAUCACCCUCACCGCGAACUCGUUCCAGGAGGAGAUGAGCGGCAACCUGAGCUUGGCCUGCCUCGUUACGGGCGACCCGGAACCAGAGAUUUGGUGGAUGUUCAACGGGAGUCCGCUCAACGUGACGCGGGGGGACCAGGUAUUCGUCACCGAGGAGGCCUACAACGGAUUCCGGAAGUGGAACAACGUCACCCUCUACAACGCGAGCGAGAGCGACGCUGGGGAGUAUAGCUGCGUCGGCAGCAACGUCGCGGGACUCUCCAAGGACACCGUCAGCAUCGUCAUUCCCCGCGUCUAUACCGCCCCGACUCUUUCCCAGACCGACACGUGGCUCCUGUGGGUAAGCCUAGCCGGAGGUGGUGCCGCCGCCCUCUGCGCCUCCCUCAUCGCCGUCAUUCUGGCCGUUUGCUUGUGCGGAUCCAGGCAGAAGAGCAAACGGAAGAAGGUCAAGCUUCAAGGAAGCGCCAGCUUCGGGGACCAGGAAAAGAAACUGCUCGACCUGUCAUUGACCACCACUACCAACGAGAGAGUCAGCGGAAGACCGAGUCUCGAGGCUAGCAGCCCGGGUGACAUGGAAUUAGCGGAAAGGAGUUCGUCGCUCUGCGAUCCUCCGGUGAACGUGACGGUGGAAAGACACUGCAGGGAGAUGCACAGCCACCUGCCGACGGUCUUCCCACCCCCGCCCGAAUUCACAACGAGUAUCUUGCCCGCGGGGGUGUUCGGGAACAUAUUUAUCUCGGUUUCGCUCGCCCAGGACGGCGAGAGGCGAUACCCCGACCUCCUGGACAUCCCGGUACACGCCAGCAUCUCGGACAAAUCGACGGCCCAGGCGACGCCGAUACCGACGACCUCGAUUUUGUCGGGAUUCGCGACGUUGCCGAGAAGGCCCCUCCGCGUAUCGGACCUUAGCUCGCCCUACGACAAUAUGGGGCCGAGAGUAACGGCCACGGGAAGUUCGACCUUCUCUCUGACGGACCCGGACCUUCGAUUAUCGCCCCCGCCACCUACGCUGGUCAUUCAACCGCCCAUAGAAUUCGUUUCCCUGUAACAAAUCUCGGCCCGCGAUUCAGGAUCAACGAGAUUCUACGCGUUCUACGCGAGGCUGAUAGUGAGAGAGUAUGGAGAGUAUGCCUGCCGCAUGGACGAUGUAGGUGU